CAGGACGAACCGCACCGCCGCCCGCUCACCCUCGCCUGCCUCUUCUGCCGGAAGCGCAAGAUCGCCUGCGGCAGCCCGCCCCCCGGGGCCAAAGACCGUACCUGCAAUCAGUGCGCCCGGCGAAACCUCAAGUGUGUCUACCCCGAGGGCUCCCGCCGCGGGAUGCGCUCCAAGCUGCUCUACGCGCAGGACGCGCUCGCCCUCCAGCCCAUCCCCAUCAGCGUCUCCUGA